UCUUGUCUAUUGUUUGUCUACUGUAAUUUUUAUCCAUCCCCUCCGCUAGCGGACUGCGCCUUUCAUCAGCCGGUCGAGUUUGGUUCCAUCGGUGGAAGUUUCCUUCAACUUCCUCAAUCCUAUAUUCGAAAGCGCAUACUAUCAUCUGCGCAACCAACUAUUAUAUCGCCAGAAUUUUUUUUUAAUCAAAAGCGCAUAAGAUAAAGUCGCCAUCAUGCCUCCCAAGAAAGCUGACCAGCCCAAGAAGAAGAAGGCCACUGUCGAGGACAAGACUUUUGGUAUGAAAAACAAAAAAGGUGGUUCCGCCAAACGACAGAUUGCCCAACUAAACGCGCAAGCGGCCAGCAACAAAAACGCCGAGGAAAAGAAGAAGGAAGCCGAAAAGGCUCGCCGUGAGGCUGACAAGAAGGCCGCCGAGCAAGCCAGGAAGGAGGCUGCCGAGCUGUUCAAGCCCGUUCAGGUCCAGAAGGUGCCUUUCGGUGUUGAUCCGAAGACCGUGGUCUGCGUCUUCUACAAGCAAGGCAACUGUGAGAAGGGCCGCAAGUGUAAAUUCAGUCACGACUUGAGUCUGGAGCGCAAGGCCGCCAAGAGAGAUCUGUACACCGACUCGCGAGAUGUCAAGGCUGCGGAGGAGGAGGCUAAGAAGAAGGACACGAUGGACGACUGGGAUGAGGAGAAACUGCGCAAGGUUGUUUUGAGCAAGCACGGCAACCCUCGGACCACAACGGACAAGGUCUGCAAGUACUUCAUUGACGCGGUCGAGAACCAGAAGUACGGUUGGUUCUGGACUUGCCCCAACGGAGGCGACAAGUGCAUGUACAAGCACAGUUUGCCACCAGGAUUCGUUUUGAAGACCAAGGAGCAGAAGGCGGCAGAAAAGGCUCUGAUGGACAAGUCGCCGCUUAACACCCUAACCCUGGAGGAUUGGUUAGAGUCCGAACGCCAUAAGCUUACUGGCGACUUAACGCCCGUCACCCCCGAAACUUUCGCCAAGUGGAAGAAGGAGCGCCUGGACAAGAAGGCUGCGGAAGAGCAGGCUCAGAAAGCCAAGGAAGCCACCGGACGAACAUUGUUCGAAAGUGGCAACUGGCGCGCUGAGGACAGUGAGAGUGAGAGUGAGGAUGAGGCUGAUGGAGUAUGGAACCUGGAUGCUUUGCGGCGCGAGACGGAGAAGAUUCGCGAGCAGAAGGAAGAGGAGCGUCUGGCCAAGCUGCACGGCGAAUCCGUGCCGGUCUCGAACGAUGCACAGAUCGCGCAAGAAGCCGCGGGCUGAGCGAAUUGGUGCGAAGCUCCCAAGUAAUCGAACUUGCUUGGGUGUUUGGGCUGCGAACCUCCCACACUGCAAUCGGUGCACCGGGCCAUUUGUCCGGGCCCGAGAUGUUGAUCGUGUUGACGGAUGGGUUGAUGCGAUGCUCUUCAGUUGCAGGAAUUGCUACUUGAGCACUUGUGUUGACCUCCGCGACUGGGUUUGAUGGCUCUGACGGUUAACGUGAACGGUUUGUCGUGUCGC